AUGGCCUACAAUCCUUUCCAGCCGCCGAAGCCCGUGACAACGGUCGGAGGAGUAAUUGCACCCAGCUUCGGAAAGCCAUGGCUGCUUUAUGCUUACCCUUGGAUGCCAUUUCCGCGCCGAGUCAUCAUAUACCUACGAGAGAAAGGUAUCCCAGAGUCUCAGGUCAAAGUCGCCCGUGUCCAGGAUCCCAAGUUUGGCAACGAAGUCAUAGACACAAGCCUUGCCCCUCGACCAGCAGGAAGUCUUCCAAUUUUGGCUGUGCCGUCUCAAGAUCAAAGUGCCGACGACAGAGGCUACAUAUACAUUCGUCAGGCCAACGCCAUCAUGUACUUCUUGGAGGAGUUCUGCAACGACUUUCAAUAUGGCUUCGCAAAGCCUUACGGGUCGUUCCUCGGCAAGACGCCACUGCAACGUGCAAGGAUUGCCGAAGUCAUGUCUCUGGCAGAAGAGCUAAUGGUAGCUUGGAAUCCCGUCAGGACGUUUGGGACUGGUGCGGGACCCGUCUCAAUCCCCGAGGCAUCAAGAGAAAUGCUGCGAUGGGUCCGCAGAGCCCUGAUGACCGUCGAGCGCUUCUUCAAGGACCGAGACAUGACUUUGCUUGAGGGAGGGAAGACUUUACACAUCAACAUGGCAGACAUCGUUCUCUACAACUUUCUGGAGUUCGUGGACGACUGCUACGGAGUUGAUAUGACCAUCGGCUCUGGCGACAUGGUGGAGGAUGUUUAUGGCCGUCAGGUCACAGAGGUCUUUCCGAAGCUAGUGGAAUUUUACCAGGCGUUCAAGACGAGGGAAAGUGCGAAGAGGGAUGAGGAGAGAGGUGAGGUGGCGCCUGAGUAUGCCAAGAGCAUGAUGUCGAAGUGGGCAGACGGGGUGUUGUGA